AUGACUGCUAGUCGGAUGCAAAGGUGGGCAAUUAUUUUAUCGGCGUAUAGUUAUGAUAUCGAAUACGUUAAGACGGACGAGAAUACAGCGGACGGCCUGUCACGACUGCCCGUGCGCAGAGAUAACAAACCGGUUUCUGCGAUGCCGGAACAAACUUAUUUACAUUUUGCGCAGGAUACAUUGUUAUUAGAUUAUAACGAAAUUAAAAGAUGUACUGCUAGAGACCCUAUCUUAGGCAGGUUGUUAGGAUUUAUACGAGACGGAUGGCCUACGGAUUGCGAAAUUAGUGUCAUGCAACCUUAUUUUAAUAGGAAGAAUGAGUUAUAUGAAGAACUCGGUUGCGUUAUGUGGGGUCACAGGGUUGUAGUACCGGAGGGAUGUCGGGAAAGGGUACUAAAAAUUUUACAUGAACCUCACAUGGGUAUUGUUAAGUCUAAAGGUUUAGGCCGAAGUUAUGUGUGGUGGCCGGGUAUUGAUGAGGCUAUCGAGGUUAUGUGUCGUGAGUGCGCGACAUGUGCAGCACAUGCCGAUGCGCCCCCGCGCCAGGCGCCUCGUCCGUGGCCCUGGCCGUCCAAACCGUGGGCUAGGCUACAUUUAGACUUCUUGGGACCUAUUUUUGGACAGACAUAUUUAGUAGUUAUUGAUUCGAUGUCAAAGUGGGUGGAAAUUUUUAAUGUAUCUGGUACAACAGCAACAAGUACCAUUACUAAAUUGCUGGAACUUUGGAGUAGGUGGGGAUACCGCGACAAAUAG